GCGAACCGGGAUGCGCCUGCUGCCAGGAGAGACAGAGAGCACCUGCAUCAGAUCCACACAGCAACACCUUUGAAGAGCACCAGGCUUCCCCUCCGGUCCGUCUCCUGCAGGCGAUGCGCUGAGCGGCCGCAUCUUCUCCUCCUCCUCCUCCCCUCCUCAGCAUCCACCCGAGAGGAGAGGGCACCCGAUGGAUGCUGUGGCACACCGUGAAGUCCCGUUUUGAUUCAGCCCACAUCCAGAGACACCUUGAUGAUCCAGCAGGAACUACGAGGACUGUUGUUGCAAUGGAGUCGACUCUGUCACGGCUCAAAGCCCGUCUCUAAACCUGCAACCUCUCUUUUCAUGGCGUUUCGCAGGUCGCUCCGCUCCGUGGGCUCCUCCACGCUCAUCUUUUGAAUCACUAUCAACAUUUUUUUUCCUUUUUUUUUUAUUUUUAAAUUUAUUUUAUUUCUCCUUGUUUUUGUACAAAAGGAAAAUAAGAUCCACUGUUCGCUAAACUAUGAACGAGGAGAUGACAAAAAGCGAGGAGCAGCAUCUGAGUUUGCAGAAAGCCUUGCAGCAGUGCGAGUUGGUGCAAAAUAUGAUAGACAUAAGCAUUUCUAGUUUGGAGGGUUUACGGACCAAAUGUGCCACAUCCAACGAUUUGACACAAAAAGAGAUCCGAACGCUAGAGGGGAAGUUGGUGAAGUACUUCAGCCGCCAGCUGUCCUGUAAAUGCAAAGUGGCCUUAGAGGAGCGCAGCGCCGAGCUGGAGGACUUCCCUCGCCUUGGCCACUGGUUCCGCAUCGUCAACUUGAGGAAAGAGGUCACACAGGACAUGAGCGGCGAGGAGGUGACUCUGGAGGGUCUUCUGGAGAUGAGCGAGGAGCAGGUCUGCGAGCGGCUGCAGCAGUUUGGUGCCAGCGAGGAGGAAUGUGCCCGACUCAACGCCUCCCUCUGCUGCCUCAGAAAGGCCCACCAGCUCGAACAACUUGAGGAGGAUAAAUUGCACAGUAAUGGAGGCAGCCAAGCUAAACAGGACUGGUCCAUCCAAUGGCCCACCUCUGAAUCUGGCAAAGAAAAUACUCCAGUUUGCCAGCCCGAGGCCAGUCAGUGGAUUAGGUUCCAACUCUCCCAAAGCCCCCAAGUCCAGUCCAAGUACAACCAGCACAUGUGCCACAGCCCACAGGCCCUGGGUCCCCCUUUAUAUGCCGAUCGACUCACUGUCGACGGCCCAGCUGCAGGGCUCUUCCCGACCUUGGACUAUGGUAACCGCUCCCUUCCGCCAUCACCUCGCCAGAGGCAUUUUGGACACACACCUCUGGUGGUCAACACCAUGACGCCACCUGGCACCCCCCCCAUGCGACGAAGGAACAAAGUCAAGGCCCCAGGAACACCGCCUCCACCGAGCCGAAAGCUCAUCCAUCUGCUGCCUGGCUUCACGGCACUGCACCGCAGCAAGUCCCACGAGUUUCAGCUUGGAAACCGGCUGGAGGAGACACAGACACCAAAAGCUAAGAAGAAGACCAAACCCUUGAACCUUAAGAUCAACAGCAGUGUGGGCAGCUGUGAGAAUCUGCCCACGCAGCGUUCACCCCUCCACAACGAACGAUCUCUGCGAACCUUCUUCUUCCCCUCUUUCAUCCCCUCCACACCUCCUGUCCAUGCCGAAACACCCUCUGCAAACACACUUUCAGUGCCUCGCUGGUCCCCACAGAUUCCCCGCAGAGAUCUGGGAAAUUCAAUAAAACACAGGUUUUCCACAAAGUACUGGAUGUCCCAGACAUGCACAGUAUGUGGAAAGGGAAUGUUGUUUGGACUAAAGUGUAAAAAUUGCAAGCUGAAGUGCCACAACAAAUGCACCAAAGAAGCCCCGCCUUGCCAUUUACUGAUCAUACAGCGAGGUGGACGAGAAUCCUUCAAAGACCACCAAGGAACGACUCAAGUAGCUCGUCUGGUACGGACCGAAUCAGUGCCAUGUGAUAUCAACAACCCGCUCAGGUACACAGACCUGCACAUCAGUCAGACGCUCCCCAAAACGAACAAAAUCAACAAGGACCACAUCCCUGCUCCAUACCAACCAGACUCCAGCAGUAAUCCCUCAUCCACCACUUCCUCCACCCCGUCCUCCCCAGCUCCUCCGUUGCCCAGCAGUGCCACCCCUCCGUCACCACUGCAUCCCUCCCCACAGUCAGCACGGCAACAGAAACAGUUCAACUUGACAGCUUCCAGUUAUUUCAAAUACAAACAACAGUUCAUCUUUCCCGAUGUCACUCCCGAGGUACCUCCCAGCAGAGCACCCCAAGUUAUUCUGCAUCCUGUUCUCUCUGAACCGGGGAACGAGAGCAACCCUUUACUUCAGAUUGAAGUUGAAGCGACAUCAGAGAACGAGGAUGGGAACGAUGAGGACUCUGGGGACGAGUUUGAGGAGAUGAACCUGUCACUUCUGUCGGCCCGUAACUUCCCUCGCAAAGCCAGUCAGACGAGCAUCUUCCUGCAGGAGUGGGAUAUCCCCUUUGAGCAGCUGGAGAUCGGAGAGAUGAUUGGAAAAGGUCGCUUUGGCAAAGUGUACCACGGCCGGUGGCAUGGAGAGGUCGCCAUCCGCCUGAUCGAUAUCGAGCGCGACAAUGAGGACCAGCUGAAGGCGUUCAAGCGUGAGGUGAUGGCCUACCGCAACACUCGCCAUGAGAACGUGGUGCUGUUUAUGGGGGCCUGUAUGAGCCCCCCACAUCUGGCCAUAAUCACCAGCUUGUGUAAAGGCAGGACGAUUUACUCCGUGGUGCGGGAUGCCAAGGUUGUCCUGGAUGUUAACAAGACCCGACAGAUCGCACAAGAGAUGGUCAAGGGGAUGGGCUACCUCCACGCUAAGGGGAUCCUCCACAAGGACAUGAAGUCGAAGAAUGUGUUUUACGACAACGGUAAAGUCGUCAUCACUGACUUUGGGCUCUUCACCAUAUCCGGUGUCCUGCAGGCUGGCAGCCGGAGAGAGGACAAACUGCGAAUCCCCAACGGCUGGCUGUGUCACCUGGCCCCAGAAAUCAUCCAGCAGCUCUCUCCAGACACGGAGGAGGACAAGCUUCCUUUCUCCAAACAGUCGGACGUCUUUGCUUUCGGCACCAUCUGGUUCGAGCUGCACGCACGUGAGUGGCCUUACAAGAGUCAGCCAGCAGAGGUGAUCAUCUGGCAGAUCGGCAGCGGGAUGAAGCCCAACCUCGCCCACACCGGCAUGGGGAAGGAAAUACUGGACAUUCUGCUCUCGUGUUGGGCUUACAAGCAGGAAGAUCGGCCCAGCUUCUCCAAACUGGUAGAUUUACUGGAAAAGUUGCCAAAAAGGAAUCGCCGUCUUUCCCACCCAGGGCACUUCUGGAAGUCAGCUGAGUAUGUCAAAUGAGUUAGGGACAUAAAACAAUCAGCAACUAUAAAUAGCAGCCGCCGUAACGCCACAUAAAUAACCCACCUCCAUAAAGAAUGCACUGAAUCCAAACGCCAGCCCAGUGAUUAAAAACUGCCCGUGCUCUUUAUCUCCAUGGAAUGUCGGCUCGUGUGUGCACAGAUGACGCGACUGUCGCUUACGUAAAGCAAUCGAGAUGCACGCUUGUUUUUGUUUCUCUUCUUUGUUUUGGUUCCUUUUUUUUAUUUCAGCCGUACUGGAUCUUUUUGCUUUUUCUUUUGUCUUCUACAAACAAAUUGUUCCCCUCAUUCUAUUUGGUUUGUUUCUUGCCUGUAUAUUGCUUGUAAUCUUCAACAGAUCAUGUCAUCCUGGAAAAAAAUACGUGUUUGAGAACAAAUGUAGACUUUCUUUUCCAUGUCUUACUCUUUUGUUCGUUGUUGUUCAGUUUGGUUUUGGAUGAAUGUAACUGUUGUACAUCGCAUACUGGAUGUUUUUGUAUGUUUUCAUAUUGUCUUGCCCAUUCCUGUUGUCUGCCAGCGGUUGUGCCACCUCAUGACCUCUCAUGCGUGGAUGUCCAGGUUAUGUGUUUUAAGUCCUUUAUUCUCACCGUACCACUUGAAUGUGAAGACGCCGACGCCCCUGCUCGCGUGUCGGUGCGUUGGCCCAGUUCUCUGAUCAGCUUGUGAUCACCGGAGAACAUGUGGUAGAUGUUUUAACGUCUACGUCCUCGGAGCGGUCAGACCAGGACUCCCUCACUUGACGCUGUGCUGUGAAUUCGCUGACACUUGAAAUGUAUCUCACCUGUUGCAGAACUUUACCUUUCAGACAUGCUAUCACUGAGCCCUUUCCCCCCAGAGCUGCAUCACGCUGCACCGCUAGUCUCAGCUGUGUGUUGCAUCAGAUGGAUUAAUUACUCUACAGCUUGUAACUAGCAGUCCGACAGGAAAGUCAUUUAACUCCAUCAACAUGAGAACACGGUUGGACCCUGAUCACAAUGUUUACACAGUGAUUCAACCUGUGUAUGCACCUCAAUGAUGCCUGGAUGCGUUAUCAGAGGAGUCAAAUAUCUAAACAAACAUUUAAGGGAACAGCCCUCAGUCUAUUAUUGCGUGGUUUGGAGUUUAAACUUUAGUUGAAGACUAAAAACACGUGAACCAGAGCGGUUUUGAGCGAGAACGGAGUAUUCGAUACGUUAACAUUAGCACUUAGCGGCAGUCAACCGCAGUCACAUGUUAAGCUCUUGAGGAGAAUCACAUGUCAUUCCACUAAAACCAGCACAAAAGGCUUUCUUUCAUGUUAAAAAUGCAUUUAAGUAAAGUAAAUAUUUACUACCUGCUAUCAGCAAAAACAGUGUAGCUCUGGACCCCUGUCCCAGUAGCGUCCUGCGUCACCUGCGUAUCGCUAACGGCGCCAUGUGACACCUCAACACUGAUCAAACUGGCUACAGAGCCAUAUCGGACGUCAUGGCAAAAGCGAUUUAGAGGCUCAAGAUGAAGAAAAAAAUUAUUAAGUAUUAAGUAAGAUUCAUGUAGUUUUGAUGCCCAACAAAAGUUUACGCUCAUUUUCAUCUAACGAUGGCCAUGUGGUUGUUUUAACUCCAGAACCCCCUUUAAGGUUUGUCUAACCUGUUUGUGUCAGCGCUACUUAAAAGCUGUGUUGUAGUCACAAAAAAUGAAAAAAAAAACAAAAAAAGUAAUGGGCCUCAUAUUGAAUAUUGAUAGUUUAAAAAAAAAGAUUUGACUUACUUUUAUGCCAAAUUGAUCGACUUCUUUGUCCUAAAGGAGAUAAUAAAAUUUACAGUCAUAUGUUUUGAAUGUAGUUUGUGAGAAAAGAUGAAGAUAUACUCUUUUUCAUCACCGUGAGCGGAGAAAAGAAAAGUUUGAACAUGAGAAAUGCCUGUCGUUGGAGGGGGUGUGAAGUGCUGAGACGCAAAGUGGAGCCACAGUUAACUACGCAGCUCCACUGACGUGACGGGAGGCUUUUAUCGAAAUCUUUUGCUGUAAAUUAAUGUACAAUGAAAAUCUUUUUAAUUCAGCUAAAAUGCUAAUCUUCUGAAAAGCGAACGAAGCUGGACAAUUAAUGUCAGUAACACAGUGUUACAUCCUGCCUACGCAGCCCUGCUAACAAGUUUAAUCGGUAAUAAAUAGAACUUUUCAUGGACGUUUAUCACAUCCAUCUUUACAGAAAUCAGCAGCAAACAUAAUGUAAAAUGUGAAAAGAAAGUUGGUUAGGAUUUUUUUCCCUUCUUACUCUGUCUAUAUUAUUAUAGUGCUGAUUAAAGUCCUCCGACUCUAAAGUUUAUAGUCUGAAAACUGUUAAAAUAAAAUUAAAAAAAAAUCCUAUGUAGGUGUAGAAACUGGUUUCAGAUGAAGACAUCUCAGGCUUUUGUUUUCAUCUACUGACAAAGUUGUUUUUGACUACAACACGUGAGCGUGCCACUACUGUAUAUCUCUUUUUGUCUAAAUUUCUGACUUCACAGCCAACGAAUGUGGUAAAUUAACUUAAAUCUGGCUGAAUUGAUCCAUAAACAUAUCAGAAAAGACAUAUCAGGAUGCCAAAGCCCAACCCAGGCCAUUUUUCUACUUCUUGUGUCUUUUGAAAGUAUAUUUUAAAUGUUUUUUGUGUUUUUCUUAGAUAGAACAGUCCGUCGUAUCGUUAUACAGUGACGUUGUGGUAUCAUUUGAGCUGUAAACUGCUUUUAUUCUCUCUUGACACAUCAGAUAGAUUGAGACAAUCCAAUCAUGUGAAAUGACCAUUUUCCACCUCAUUCUAUACACAUCUGCCACUGCUUGAAAAUGCAUACAAAAAAUGUGCUGCUGUUUUUAUUUUAUUUUAUUUUCUAAGUCUGUCAAUUUUGGAAUUGCUGGGACACAAAUAAUGUAAGUGGAUCAUUUAUAUUUGUACUGUUUACAACUUUCAAGUGCAUGAGAAGGACUAUCAAAGAUUGAUUUUAAUUUAAAAAGAUAGAUUCAUCGUACAUGUGUGUGUGUAUGUGUGUGUGUAUAUAUAUAUAUAUAUAUAUAUAUAUAUAUAUAUAUAUAUAUAUAUAUAUAUACAUACAUACGUACAUGUAUAACGUAUGUAAACUUUUUUCUGAUGGCCCGUCGUUUAUUGAGUAAUUUGAUCUCAACUUGUACGUGAGGCUCUGCAAAACUUUUAACUUUUCAGCAGCUUUGUUUUAGUUAUGAUUGUUUCAGUAUAUUUAUAGAUAUACAGUACAGACCUGGACACACCUUCUCAUUCAAACAAAUGGGGAAGUAUGUCGAAACUUUUGAUCUGUACUGUAUGAAAAGAUUAGAAUAGCAUUUAAAUAAAAGUACAUACAACCUGUGCACAUCCUAGAGUUGACAAUAAGCUGAAUGGACAAUAUUCAAAGGUAGUACAUUAGUGCCAAGUGUACAUAACAGAUUGUAGAAUAUGUUUUAUCGUCACUAUUAAUAUUCCUUGUGAUAUUUUCUCCUUUUUUUAAACUUUUUUUUGGAAUGUACAAAUUAUGUUGUGUUUUUGUUGAAUCUUGUUUUGCCUUUGUUGAUUUAGAUUUAUUUUCCUCCAUUUCCCUUCUAAUUGCAUUGAUACUGUGUUGUUUCUUUUCCUUGAUUCUGUCCUUGUAUUGUAGAUUUUAGGUCCAAAAAGCUUGUAUUUAAUGAUGCCUUAUGGUCCACGGCUUAGUGAUGAGUAGAUUCUGAUCAUGAGCUCUUUUAUUUGCACUCAUCCUUUAC